UUUGUUGUUUUGCUGGCUUCUCAAAGUACAACAGAGCUUCUUCAGAUCCGAAGAAAAAGGUUACAAAAUUUACUCAAAACUAAAAAACUAUACAUACAUAUAUAUAUAUACACACACUGAUAUAUAUGUACUGUUGUCUGGUUUUUGUUAUGGUGUGUCGGUCAUGGACUUCGCUCUGUGUUGGUCUUGAAGAUCGAUUCUCUGUUGAAGACGAUGAUCGAUAGAGAGAGAAAGAGCAGCGACAGAGCUUGAUUUUUCUUGUUAAUUUUCUCGCCGGAGAGAGUUAACAGAGGUUCUGUGUAUUUUUUAUUUUAUUUUUGAUGAGAGAGAGAGAGAGAGAGAGAGAGGAUUUGUUUUGUUUUGCUUGUGUAUUACCUGAGCGAUUUGUGACUGUAUAGAUCUUGCUGAGAAUCAUUUUGAAUUUGAAUUUGAAUUUGAAUUUGAAGUUUUUUUUUUUUUUUUUUUUUUUGAAAAAAGAAAAAAAGAAAAAUUAUUUGAAGUGGAUUGAGUUUGGUGGCUGUGGAGGAUUGGCUUUCAAUUCGGAGAUGUUUUUCAUGAUAUUCUAAAAAGACGGUUUCUUCAAGCUUAAUUUUGCGGCUCGUGUUCUUGAAGCUGAGUCUGAGUUGGUCUGAAGACCAAUUUUUCCACUUUUUAGGCUCGAAAUGAUUGGGAAGAGAGUUCAAAUUGUGAAAAUUGAAGUUUUGUGGAUUGAAUUUGACAUCACUAGUUUGAAAUUGUGCUGAAUUUUCUGUUCUGGUUUUGGUGUUUUGUGGCAAUUGAAGAUCGUGCCUGAAGAUUUUUGUUUUGGUGGGUUUUAGGGAUUUCUGAGAAAAAUUGAAGAUUACUAUAAUUUAAUUCUUAUUCAGAUUCUGAUACGAAGACAGUCCAAUUUUUAGCUCUAUUUGCAUGCAUACAAUUCAGCAGACACAGCAUUUACUGCAGAAGAAAUUGAGGCUGCUUGUUUGGUUGCUGUUAUAUGAUCUUUAUUUGUCAUGAUUACGUUCAUAGAUUCGAAAGAUAAAAUGAAUGAAACUGAGAAAUGUUUAGAUUCUCAAUUAUGGCAUGCUUGUGCUGGGAGUAUGGUGCAAAUGCCGCUAGUGAAUUCGAAAGUGUUCUACUUUCCGCAAGGGCAUGCUGAGCAUUCAUGUGGAAAUGUCAAUUUUAGAAAUUGCCCUAGGAUUCCUUCUUACGUUACUUGUAGAGUUUCUGCUAUUAAAUUCAUGGCUGAUCCCGAGACAGACGAGGUUUAUGCGAAAAUUAGGCUAGUUCCAUUCAAUAGAAAUGAGAUUGAUUAUGAAGAUGAUGGAGUUGGGGGAAUUAAUGCACCUGAUACCCAAGAAAAACCCUCUUCAUUUGCAAAGACACUGACGCAAUCUGAUGCGAACAAUGGUGGAGGGUUUUCGGUUCCACGUUAUUGUGCAGAGACGAUCUUUCCACGGUUGGAUUACUCUGCUGACCCUCCGGUUCAGACCAUCCUCGCAAAGGAUGUUCAUGGUGAAAUAUGGAAAUUUCGUCAUAUUUACAGGGGAACACCGCGGCGUCAUCUUUUGACCACAGGAUGGAGUACUUUUGUGAAUCACAAAAAGCUUAUUGCAGGGGAUUCGAUUGUGUUCCUGAGAGCAGAUAACGGGGAUCUUUGUGUUGGAAUCAGGCGGGCAAAGAGGGGAAUUGGUGGCGGACCCGAGUCGUCAUCUGGGUGGAAUCCUGCCGGUGGGAAUUGUGUCAUGCCAUACGGAGGGUUAUCGGCAUUUUUUAGGGAAGAUGAGAAUAAAUUGAUGAGAAAUGGUAAUGGUGGCAAUUCAACUGGCAAGGGGAAAGUGAGGCCAGAAUCGGUUGUUGAAGCUGCAACACUAGCGGGCAAUGGGCAGCCCUUUGAGGUUGUUUACUAUCCUCGAGCUAGUACUCCAGAAUUCUGUGUGAAGGCCGUGCUUGUGAAGGCAGCAUUGCAGGUCCGCUGGUGCUCGGGGAUGAGGUUCAAGAUGGCAUUUGAAACUGAGGAUUCUUCACGGAUAAGUUGGUUCAUGGGAACCAUAUCCUCUGUUCAGGUUGCUGAUCCCAUUCACUGGCCUGAUUCGCCUUGGAGGCUUCUUCAGGUGACAUGGGAUGAGCCUGAUUUGCUUCAAAACGUCAAACACGUAAGCCCAUGGCUAGUGGAAUUGGUUUCAAACAUGCCCGCCAUCCAUCUUUCCCCAUUUUCACCGCCACAUAAGAAGUUGAAACUACCACAACAUCCGGAUUUCCCUUUCGACAACAACCAACCUCCGAUCAUGCCGACAUUUUCCAGCAACCUCCUCAGGCCCACCAGCUUCCCCUUAAAUUGUCUUCCCCCCGACAACACUCCUGCUGGCAUGCAGGGAGCCAGGCACGCUCAAUAUGGUAUAUCUUUAUCAGAUUUCCAUCUCAAUAAACUCCAUUCAAGUCUGUUUUCACCCCCUUUCCUACGGUUUGAUCAUUCUGCCCGACCCAUCAGACCGUCCAAUCCCCAUAUCGCGCACAACCCUAGCAGCAUUGAGAAUGUUUCUUGUUUGCUAACAAUGGGGGAUUGUAACCCGACUUCAAAGAAACCAGGCAAUGCGAAAGGAACCCAAUUCGUGCUGUUUGGUCAACCAAUAUUCACCGAGCAACAAAUCUCCCAAAGCUGCUCUGGGGAUACAAUUUCCCCUGUUCAUACAGGAAACAGUUCUUCAGAAGGGAAUGCAGAUAAGAUGGCCAAUGUUUCCAAUGGUUCGGGUUCUGCAUUACCAGAGCGCUCAUCUUGCGAAGGGCUUCAAUACUUGGAAACUGGUCAUUGCAAGGUCUUCAUGGAAUCAGAGAAUGUGGGUCGUACUCUUGAUCUUUCGGUACUUGGGUCUUACGAAGAAUUGUAUAGAAAGCUGGCAAACAUGUUUGGCAUUGAAAGUUCCGAAAUGUUGAACCAUGUGCUCUGCCGGGAUGUGACUGGUUCUGUCAAGCAGAUUGGAGAAGAACCAUUCAGAGAGUUUAUGAAAACAGCAAAAAGGUUGACGAUUCUAAUGGAUUCAAGCAGCGAUAAUGUAGGAAUGUAGAUUGAAGAAAGAAAAGAAAAAGACUAGGAUUUUCCAAAUGUACACAGCUUGAUGAUUGAGUGCUUCAUCCUUGUGCCCCCUUUUACUUGUCUUCCACGUGAUUUGCUAUUCUUCAAUUUUGGAACCUAGGAUUCCUUUUCGUGUCAGUAAUUCAAGAUUUGUCGGUAAUGCUUUCUCGAGUUUUGUUCAGACAACUUUCUGCAAAUACAAGUUUUUGAAAAUGGAUUGAAGUCUUCUAAGAAGCCAACUAAAUUAAGCAAUGUGCUUUGUUUAUUUUUCUAGGGGGAAAUUUGCUUCUGCCAAUGGUAUUUGACACAGAAAUAAACGCUUGAAUGGUUUAGAUUAGAUUUUUGUUGAA